CCGGUGCUCCGCGGCUGUCAGUGACCCUGGGAGCCGGCGGGGCGGCCUCGGGGAUCCCCGGAGAACCCCGCCAUGGUCCGCGCGGGCGCCGUGGGCACGCAUCUGCCCGCGUCGGGCUUGGACAUCUUUGGCGACCUGAGGAAGAUGAACAAACGGCAGCUCUACUACCAGGUGCUGAACUUCGCCAUGAUCGUGUCUUCUGCGCUCAUGAUCUGGAAGGGCUUGAUCGUGCUCACAGGCAGCGAGAGUCCCAUCGUGGUGGUGCUCAGUGGCAGUAUGGAGCCGGCCUUUCACAGGGGGGACCUGCUGUUCCUCACAAACUUCCGGGAAGACCCCAUCAGAGCUGGUGAAAUAGUUGUUUUUAAGGUUGAAGGACGAGACAUUCCAAUAGUUCACAGAGUAAUCAAAGUUCAUGAAAAAGAUAAUGGAGACGUCAAGUUUCUGACGAAAGGAGACAAUAAUGAAGUUGAUGACAGAGGCUUGUAUAAAGAAGGCCAGAACUGGCUGGAAAAGAAGGACGUGGUGGGCCGAGCGCGAGGGUUCUUACCGUACGUGGGUAUGGUCACCAUCAUCAUGAAUGACUACCCGAAGUUCAAGUACGCUCUUCUGGCUGUGAUGGGCGCAUAUGUGUUACUGAAACGUGAAUCCUAACAUGAGAAGCUGUGCCUGGGACCAGAUUGAAAUGAAUUCUGUUGAAAAAGAGAAAAGCUAAUAUAUUUGAAAUGUUCCACUUUCUGUAUAAAAGGAAACCAUGUGGAGAUGUUUUUGUCUUGUCCAAAUAAAUGAUUCAUCAGUAAA